AGCAGCUUCCUCCUCUCAAUUAUUUUUGUUUUCCUCAAUUUGUCUCUUGCUCCCAUGAGGAACCUCUCGGUGCUCACACCUGUUGUUUCCAUCUUCUGCAUAUUCUUCCUUCUUUAUCAAAUCACACUAGUAGCUUCUUCCGCCCCUCCUCCUUAUGUCCCUGAUGAUGCUAUUAUUACCCUCGACUGUGGCAGUGCCACUGCAGACAAGUCGAAGGAUAUGUAUUCGCGCGACUGGAGUGGAGACUUUCAGUCUAAGUUCUUUCCCAAAGAAGAAAAUAAUCUUAAAUCUAGUACCUCUAAAGCCCCAGUAGAAGGCACCGUCACAAAAGCCCCUUACACCACUGCACGUAUAUCUUCUUCUCAAUUCACGUACGUAUUUCCAGUCACCGUUGGUCCGAAAUUCGUUCGGUUGCACUUUAACCCAGUCAUUUACCCAGGUUUUGAGAGGUCCAACGCCUUUUUCACUGUCAAAGCAGGUUCGAUCACCUUACUUAGAAACUUCACUGCUUCCGUUCUUGCUGAUUCUUCGCAGAAAAAACCUUUCUUCAAAGAGUUCUGCGUCAACGCCGGAAAGGAUCAAAAAUUGAAUUUAACCUUCAUCCCUUUUUCGACUACUUUCUAUGCUUUCAUUAAUGGAAUUGAGAUCGUGCCCAUGCCCGACGACCUGUACUACAGUCCAAUAGGUACCCCUAAUGAUAAAGUCCCUCUUUAUGUCGGCCAAAAUCCUGAGUUCUACAUAAACUACAGCACGGCACUCGAGAUGGUUUAUCGAUUAAACGUGGCUGGUAAUUUGAUAUCACCAACGGAUGAUACUGGCUUCUUUAGACAAUGGUCCUCGGAUAAUAAUUAUUUCAAGAGUACUGGAACCCUGAUGCCACACCAGCCAUCUUGGAUACUCGACUACGUAUAUGAACCAAAUUACACUGCACCAGAUGAUGUCUAUCGUUCUGCAAGGACAAUGGGUUUUAACCGCACCAAGAACAGGCUUUCCAAUUUGACAUGGGGAUUACCAGUUGAUACGGGAUUUAAUUACCUGGUGAGGCUCCAUUUCUGUGAAAUAGACCCCAAUAUUUACUUCGUUGGUCUAUGGCGGUUCAUCAUAUAUAUAGACUCUCUUCUAGCCGAACAAGAAGCUGAUGUAAUAGGGUGGACUGACAAAAUCGGUAGGCCUGUUUACAAAGACUAUGUAGUAAACAUCAGAAAGAAGGGAGAUGAGGGCAGCCAUAAUCUCUCCAUUGAUCUACACCCUAUUACAACCUUUUCUAACGAUGAAGCCAUUUUAAAUGGUGUGGAAGUGUUCAAACUGAGCAACUCAGAUGGUAACCUCGCAGGACCUAGUGAAAUGCUGCCGACUCUACUUGCUGCCUUGACAAACAAGGAGAAGGAAUCCAAUACAGAGAAAACAAUAUUCAUUGUCAUUGGAGGUGGUGUGGGCUUCUUAGUGGUGCUCACUUCAGUAUGUAUCUUCGUUCUUUUGAAACUAAGAAAGUCCAGGAGCUACGGUUCUUAUUUUCCACUAUCAAAGUGCUGGUGUUGGCAUAAUCCAUAUAAAGGAAAUUCAACAAGGACAAAGGCCUUGUCAUUGCCCAGAGAACUAUGCCGCCACUUCUCGCUAGAUGAAAUCAGAACAGCAACCUACAACUUUCACCAAGAACUGAUUAUCGGCCGAGGUGGUUUUGGAUGUGUAUAUAAGGGUUUCAUUGACCAGCUGGCCGGUACCACGAUUGUGGCAAUCAAGCGGUUGAACCCUGAGUCUCGACAAGGUGCUAGAGAGUUCAAGACUGAGAUCAAAAUGCUUUCUCAACUUCGUCAUGGCCAUCUUGUCUCUCUCAUUGGAUACUGCAAUGAUGAGGGUGAGAUGAUCCUCGUCUAUGAAUACAUGAUAAAUGGGACGCUCAGUGACCACCUCUUCGACACCAAAAAAGAUGCUCUCACGUGGAAACAAAGACUUGAGAUAUGCAUCGGGGCGGCACAUGGUUUGCACUACCUCCACACCUGCAUGAAGAAUCCCAUUAUCCACCGUGAUGUGAAGGCCACCAACAUUCUAUUGGAUGACAAAUGGGGGUCUAAGGUUUCUGAUUUUGGGUUAUCCAAAAUGGGUUUGCAUGAAACUGCUGUCAGUUCCAUGGUUAAGGGUACAUUUGGAUAUUUGGAUCCGGAUUAUGCAAGAAAUCAGCAAGUGACUGCGAAGUCCGACGUGUACUCUUUCGGUGUGGUGCUGUUGGAAGUGCUAUGUGGCAGAAAGGCACUUAAUUCAAAACUUGAACAAGAGCAAUGGCAUCUGGCCAACUGGGCUCGAAAAUGCAUUGAAAAGGGAACCAUUAAUCAGGUCAUUGAUCCGCAUCUGAAGGGAAAGAUUGCUCCGGAUUGUUUCAAGGUCUAUGUGGAGGUUGCGGAGAGUUGUGUGCGUGAUCAUGGGAUCGACAGGCCUACGAUGAAUGAUGUGAUGGAAAAGCUCGAGUUUGCAUUUGAACUGCAACAGAAUGCGGACGCAGAGCAGGAAAAAAUCAAUCCCAGUGGUGAUAUUACCUAUCAGGAGGUGUUAUCAUUUCGUGUUUCUGGUCGCACUACUGAUGUUGGUGCUUCUCAACACAUCAACGUUUCCAAUGGACCCAUGUUUGAAUCAGAUAGUAGUAUUGUGCUGUCUACUGGCAUAAUUCGAGACGUCACAGUCAACUCCAACACUACAACUUAGGGUUUCUUAGACGUAUUACUAGAGUGUGGUAUAGUCUUGGAUCAAGCUCUGAUUAGGGCCUUGGUAAAAGUAAAAAGUUAUGGGUCUUCUAUAGGAUGCGGUUAAGCUUCUCUCCAGUCCGGUGCAUUAAUGCAUUGGACACAGUGCAUGAUAGAAGCCGUAUUAAAAUGCGUGUGAUUCAAGUUGUUUGCUUCCGCUUUUGCUUUUUAGGCCAUGUUAGAGUAUUGUAGUUAACUUUAUUAUG